AUGGGCGGAAAAUUUGAUAAUUCUGGCCGAUCGGCCACCAAAGAUCAACUGCGCGUUGCGCAAUAUACACACCACAAUAAGGACGACGAAGAUCGUGGUCAAAUUCGGCGUUUAAUUGAUGGUGUAAGUUUCUUCUUCGAAAAAUGUGAUUCUUUAGUUCUUAUUUUCAAAGCGUUUGUAAUUUUCAGAUUGUUGAAACAACCAGAUGCACACAUGAAGAAGCGGAAUUGGCUUUGUUCGAUGCUGGAAAUGAUGUGCAAGUAGCUGUAAACAAAAUCCUUGAGAGUAGCAAUCUGGAUACCUGGAGUCAUCAGAAGAACAAGAAGGAUAAGAAGAAGCUGGAGGCAGAAGAGAAAAAAGCACAGAAUCGAAAUGGCCGUAAGUUUUUGCAAGUUUAGAUAUGAGUUUAAAAAAUGUUUAAUUUUUUUAUUUUAAAAUAUUCUAGAAUACAGACGAGGUCCGCGUCCCCAGAAUGGCAAUGGAGAAGUUCCAAAGCCGACUAAAUUUAACAAAGGAAAUGCCGAAGGUACCGAGAAUAAGCCAUUCCAACCAAGAAAGCCACGGCCUCAAGGAGAACGCAACUUGAAGAAGGGCGAGAAGGAAGAAGUGGAUGAUAGCUGGGUGAGUUGAUUUCUCUUUUUUUAAUCUUCUUUUAGAAGAGUGGACCUCGGGUUUUUCAAAGAACUGAUGUUGUUGAAACCAAAGCACAGCCUGUCGUCGAGUCUUCGCAACCACAACAACCAGUGUGUGCAGCUGGUCCUUUGAGUUUUGCGGCGAUUGCUGCUCGGGCGGCUAAGAAAGAAACACCUAAAAUUGAUGAAUCUCCAGAGAAGCUGGAAGAGUAAGUUUUUUGUGAUAUAAUUAAUUCCUUUUUUAGAUUCGAAGAGUUACAACCGGAGUCCCCUGAAUCUGUGGUUGAUUCUUCAGUGAAGCCUGAAAUCGAAGUAGCUAAAUCGCCGGUCAAAACGCCGAAGGUUUCCACUCCUAACCCUGCUACCCCUCACAAUACUCCAGCAGACACUGUUAAUGAAAGUUUGACAGACAAACUAAAGAAUGAUCUCGGCCUUGGUUCGUCGGUGGUUGCAACUGAAAGCCCUGUGGCACCUCCCAAAUUUGAAUGUGUGUCUGAUGUCUCCAAAGAGGUGGUGUUUGAUUUCGCUGGCGAUUCGUCGAGUCACAAAGAAGUUUAUGAUCGACAGCCAGAGUCGGUAUCGAAAGUUGAGGUGAGAUUCAAAAAAGGUGAAUUAUGUUUACGAUUUGCAGAAUCAUGCUCCUCUCAACGAGUCUGCCUCGAGGGUACCACAUAAUGUAAUUGGUCAGUACACACACUCUCCAUCUCAACAGAAUCGGCAACAAUCUUCGAAUCAAGCUCGUUCUGCAACUCUUUCCUUCACAGAUACUAGUUCUGUUAAUUACCAUCCACAAGUGCAGGAUGUGAGAGCGAAUGGAGCGCAUCCAUCUCCGGUUAAACCACAGACAACUUCACAACCGCCUCCUGUCGUACAACCAUUAUCACAAGGAAAUGUGCAGCCCGCACAACCUACUCAGACGAGCCAGAGUCAUCAACAGCAGCAACAACAAGCUUUUAUUCCACCCGUACCUCAACUUGGAUUCCCCAACUUUGGAUACAUGGGAAUGUACAAUCCCGUAAGUAUUGCGUUUUCUUAUUGAUUGUUUUUUUAGUAUCAGUAUCCAGCUCUCGGACAGAUGGACUUCAAUGCACUUGGCAUGAUGCCAGGCUUAACUGUUACCUCCGCUGGUCCAAUGCCCGCCGUGCAAAGCCAUCAUCAGCAGAACCAGCAUCAGGUUCAGCAGUCAGGGCAUCAAAGGAGUGAUUAUUUCUCCGAUGUUAGCAAGUAUAACGCGUCAACCCAAAGUAAUGGAGCGAAUAACCAGAAUCAGACGAGCGCUUUGACACAGUCUCAACAACGACAGCCAAUUUUGGAUAAUAAUUCACAGACUAUGAGCGGUGCCAGCCAAGUUGGACCUCCUCCAGGGUUUGCCCCCGCUAAUCUCCCUGGAUCCGCCCCGUUUGUGCCGCAACAGAGUUUGAACAAUAUGUUCACAGUACGUUUUUUGUCUUUUGUUUUAUUACCUCCGAUAUUUUUUAACUGUAUUUUCUUGUUUCAGCAAUUCCAAGUUCCAUUCAACCCUGCUCAGAUGCAAUAUCCAUUCAUGAUGAAUCAGAAGAUGCCGCAGCCGGUGUAUCAGCAGCAGGUUGUUGAUGAGCAAGAUAGCAGGAUGAACCAGCAACAGAAGAUCUACAAUCAAUCUGAUAAAUAUGGCCAAUCUAACGGCAACAAGGAUCGUCCUGUGGGACAGCCUUCGCAAAGCCAGCUAAGCAGUUACGUUCCACCAAAUUAUAAUAAUGUUGGAAGUGCCCAGCUCUUGGGAAACAAGAAGCACAACUACCAAACCUGGAAUUCAUAA